GGCGCGGGGCGGCGGUGUGUGAACACCGGUUCUGCACCGAAAUCUUUGCAGCGCUGCGGUGGGAUCCGAACGGGGAAGUGGUUGUACAGUGCAGAGGGCUCUGCUGCCUUGGAAGGGGUUCCGUGGGUUAUAACUCGGCGUGGUGCAGGGUCAGGCUGGGCACAGGACUCGAGGACAGCCCGGUGACACCGCCAGCCUCAGGAUUUCCAGCUGGCUCUCAUCACUUUCCAGCAAGGGAAACCCUUCCGUUCAUUUCAUGGAUAUCGUGCGUGAGACCUGCACGAGAGCUGAACCCCUCUUGGUCACCUGCUGGUAGAAACACAGCAGCAAAACAUUUGCUGCACCAAAAAGUUCAUCGAGUGUGGCAAAAAUCAAAAGAAUGGGGCAUAAAGCACUGCAGUUGUCUGACCUGCGCUGCUGGAUAAGAUGCUUCACAUCCAAAAUAUGAGACUGGCACUGUUUGCAGUCUGUUCUGUCAAGAGAGUUGUGGUUGUGGAAGACAUAAAACGAUGGAAGUCUAUACUUGAGCUUCCUGGGCAACCAAAAGAGAACCUGAUGGAAGCUUUGGAGGAGCUGAAGAAGAAGAUACCUUCCAAGCAAGUGUUACUUUCCACUAAAAUAGGUCACACGGUGAACAAGAUGCGCAAGCACCCUGACCCCGAGGUGUCCGGCCUCGCCAAGGACAUCUACAGGGAGUGGCGAGCCUUCAUCAGGGAGCACUCCAACAGGCCCUCCAUCGAGGUCAGGAGCGACCCCAGGACCGAGGCUUUCAGGAGGAACGCUCGGAAGCUGCUCUGUGCAGCCCUGGAAUUAGAGAUUGAUCACCCACUGGCUGAAAAUAUUGAGCGCGAAGCUUUUCAUCUGUGUUCCCGCCUCAUUAGCGCUCCGUACCGCCGGGCCGUGCGAGCCCUUGUCUUCUCAUUAAAGCACAAGCCUGAGACCCGAGCAGGAGUCAAGGAUGGCACACUCACUGUCCCUGCCUUUGUACAGAGCCAUAAAAAGUGAAGUGUUGUGCUUGAUCCUGAGGGAUCCUGUGCCUGCAUCUCCGUGGAACUGGGAGCCCUUCCCGCAGUGAGGGGAGUGCAGGAGGGCUGACUGGGUGACUCCCUGGCACCACUCCACAAACAGGGCUGCUGGAGGGAAGAACUAAUGAUGGAAUGGGUGCUGGAAAUCUGACUUGCUGGAAAUUCAUGUGGGCUUCUUGCAAGGAAAGUUUCUUCUACUCUUCUGUGUAUUUUCCAUCCUUGCUGACUCACCUGUUUCUCUCUUCUGCCCGUUUGUUGUAGCUCCGUUUAGCUCGAUCCCUGAUGUGGAUCUUCAGGUGUAAUCAGCUGAAUAACCCUUUUAAAGGAGCAGCUCUGUGCUCUGCUGGCUGGAAAUACUGGUAAUUAUGGGUAAUUGGUCCAUGGGAGGGGAUUCCUGGGGGAUAAUUGCAAACUCUAGUUAGCCCUAAAUCAGCCACGUCUGCUGCAGCUGGGCCUGGCCUGUGGCAAGAGCUCUUUUGCCACGGUGAUUUCCCUUUGCUGCAUUCCAGAGCUGGAUGCAAAAUGGAUUUCAGUAACUUCCAUCUUCUCAGUCAUCCUGUGAUUUGGGGCAUUUUCUAAAGCCCCAGGGUAAAGGUGCUGUUAAUGCCUCUGCUGUUCAAGGAGCAGCUUGUUCAGCCUUCCAAACCUCACUCAUGAUGUAAACAUGGUGCUUGUUUUUACUGUAAUGUGAAAAAAACCUUGAAUUGUCUAAAUAAAACUAAAUACUCCCUUUAAA